AUGGGUAAGCGUGUAAACUGUCGUACACGCAAUUUAUACUGCGAGUUGAUGGUCAAGUCUGACAAUCUGCAUUCGCGAACUUGUGUGCAAGCAGUGUUUUGUUGGAUCUCAAACAUCCUGAAACUCGCACAGUUGUUUGCACAGUUGCUCGCCUAUCAAUCCAACUGGAUCUGCAACUCUGUCAAGCAAAUCCGUAGUCCAACCUGCUGA